AUGACUGACUCUUAUUCUUCAGUCGAAUUCGACACACACAUACCCAAAGAUCUCUUUUCAUGUUUGAUCUGUUAUGAAACAUUUGGUGUAGACCCACAACAACAACUUGUAGCUUUAAAAUGCGGCCAUAUGUUUUGUGCAUUGUGUAUUCAUCAAUGGUUUACAACAAACAAAGUUUGUCCGACAUGUCGAAAGCGUUGCUGGUUAAAAGACGUGCUUUAUAUCGAUGUUUCCAAUUGUAUGGUUGUCUAUGGAAAAAAUCGAAUCGAAUAUUUAGGCGCUGAACGCGAUCGACUUAAACAUGACAUUCAGAUAUUGAAAGAUACGAUUCAAACAACUCGACAAACAGUUCGCAAGUUCGAGUGUCGAAUUCAGGCUAAGCAACGUUUUUUACAUCGCUUGAAUUAUAUUUGUAAACAUAAACGGUAA